GUUUUACUUCCGACGCACAUUUUACCGAACCUGUUGUUGAAAAUAAAGCCUUGUCUUUAUGUUCAUUAUGUUUAAGUAUUUGCCUAGGUUAUUUUAACAUUUUUUCUAAUUUAUUUAAAUUUAUCCAGCUAUACGUGCACCUAGCGCGAUCGAAUACAGUUUAGAUGUCGCUGUUUAAAGUAAUAAUAUCAUGAUUGCAGGGUAUCGCAGCCCUUCUUGAUCGCAUUGUCGUUAAUGGUAAGAUAGCUCCACCAUGGACGUCAGCAUGUCCGUGUCGCUGCUGAGGGACCAGCUGGGCGCUGUGAUCGAGCAGGCGGUGACCGCCGCGGUGGAGACGGUGCUGGGAGAGAUGGCGAAGGUGGUGAGCUGCAAGUUCGAGGAAUUCAGGAAGGAGAUGUCGGCCAAAGAAAAGGAGAACGAGAAUAUCAAGCAGAUGCUGGAAAUAUCCCGCUGUCAGAUGAAGAUGAUGCGGAAAUAUCUGAGCGCCGUGGCCCCCAAGGACGAGCGCCAGGUGCCCGGGGCUGCGGCUAAAAGCGGCCAGCAGUCCGAGCCACCCGGCGAUCACGGUGCGCCGGUGGUGGAGACGCGGUCCUACCCGCAUCCAAAGCGGGCGUCGCUGGGGGACGACGGAACUUCUGGUGUCAAUGAGAAACGGCAAAACGCUAUACCCAAACCCGGAAACAUCUGCGUGUCUGAAGGUUUGCUCAGAACAAUAACGUGGGACAAAGUUCCCACGAAGUUAACGAACGGCCAGGAAUGUGCUUUAAUAAAUGCAGGGAAGGACUCGCUUAGUGUCAAUGGUCAAGGCGCCCUGAGAGGGGACUUGACAGGACAUGCGUCUCACGUUAAAGUGGAGUAUAGGGACUCUGAGGUGGAUGAUGGGUGUCAGCAGAGCCUGGAUGCUCCCCGCAAGAGCACAAGGCCCCCACCACUUUCACAGACCACAUGUGCAGCAGCCCUGGAGCCGAUUCCCUCCUCCCUCCAUAAGAUGGAGGCCCAUACAGUAGCUGACACCCCCUCCCCGAAGGUUUGGAGCACCCCCCUUCAGGCCAAGGAAGAGGAGGCGGUGGGGGACAUCGAGAUCGUGUGUAUCAAGGAGGAGCCUGAAGAUCAGCAGGCCUGUUCCCUGGAGGCCCUGAGGGUGAAUGCUGGCACUCAGGGCCGCGAGCAGCAGCAGGGGUGGCAGGAGAGGUCCGAUGCCCCGAACGCUUUGCGCGCUGAGGGCGUGGCGACGGCGUACACUGCGGUGACCGGCACGUGUCCUGUGGCCCCGCGUCCCGCCCGUCGUCGCCAGUGGCUGAAAGAGCCAAACCUCUGCGAGGACUACAAGCACCGACGAGCGGAGCUGAAGCGCCGCAGUCAGCACCGGCGCCGAGAGCUGGAGAAGAACCUUCCGCAGCCACUGCUGGCUGCGCUGGUCCGGGAGCGUCGGGAGAAGACGCGGCUGCGCGUGGCUCGCUGGCGGGCCAAACGCAAGCUGCAGGCAGGUCUAAUGGCCCCAGGGACCCCGCAGUUCGGCGGGGCUGCACCCCUACCCCCACCCGCCAUCCACAUCCCUCAUCCCACUGACUCGCUCCUUGGCCGCCGGCAGCCAGUCGCGGCCCCUCAGUACAGAAGCCUCCUGUUCAGCGGCAGUUCCCACGGUGAUGGUGGCACACGCUACCCCACCUUAUCGUUUGGCUCCCACCCCUUAUUGCCGGGACUCGGGUGUUCUGCGACCACUGCAGGUGCACAGCCCAGGUUGACGUCAUCCGUGCAGCAAGGGAUGAUGGGAACAGACUCCGAGGCGUAUCCAAACAGCUUGUCCUGAUAGCCUGUAUGUUCACAUGGAAGCAUGUGAAGGCCGCCCUCAACCAGCCGGCAAUGGGAAUUGCAGUGUGCUAUUCUGCAGGAUUCUGCGGGAAAAAUAAGAUUGAGUAGAGGAGAUAUCCCUGUGCAAGAUACAUGAUUUAUUAGUAUGUUUAUUUAAUUAGCGUGACCUAUAAAACUGGGGGAAUGAGUGUCGGCUGAGAUGUGGGACUUCAGGCCUCUGAAGUCACAACAGAGGAAUGAAUUUCGUCAUCAGCAUGCUAGAUUUAAACACGUAUUUCUCUUAAUUCCCAUAACUCCGAUUCAAAGUCAGAUUAAUAAGGGUUUUACUGCCAUUGGAAACCCCAUUGGGUAUUCAGUGUUACCGCAUUUCUAUAACUGCAUUUGAUGCAGUUAUAGUAUUUCAAUGGUUCAGUUUUUUCCUUUCAAAUCAUCUUUUUCAGUCCGCUUUUUCUGUUUCUUGUAGUGUAACGGACUCUUAUCAGAACACGCCCUCCGCCCACCAGGUCGCGCGCGGCCUGUAGUUCCCGCUUCUCACUCCCAUGUGCCCUGCUUUCGCACAGCGUGCCGAAACCCAGAGCUGUAUCAGCACUCUGGGGGCGGAAUCCCCACUCCCCUGCAUCCCACACGUUUAAACAGCUGUCGAGGAGAAUAACGAUCCCUAAACUGCUAAAGUGCAGCAGCAUAGCAGGGCUGUGGUGAUAGUGGGAAAAGUGCCCUGAUCCAGAGGAGCGUCCCAGCCCACCACAGGGAGGUCAUGUACAUAUCUAGGAGACUCUGUGAAUUUCCUUUGUGUGGUUUUAAAAAGGAUCACCACAAUUUAGUGGGGGGUGGUUAGGGUGACCAGAUAAUCCAUGUCAUCCCGGACACUGAGCCAGGACAGGAUUUGUAACCUACCACUUCAAUAAAAAGGACCUGGAUUUUACUUCAGCGCUGAGUUCUUGCUACGUGCUGAUUGGCCAGUCUCUUAUAAUAAUGCACGUGUCACUAAUGUUAAUGUGAAUCAGCUGGAUGGGUCUUUCAGUCAAGGGAACAAACCAAAGCGCAAGAAGAGAUGAACUGUUUAGCCAAUCACAGGAGCCUUUCGGUUUUAAGGUAGUUUGUAAAACCUGAAGUAGCCCAAGCUGUGUGGGAUGACAUGGAUUAUUUGGCCACCUUAGGGGCGGUGACCAGUUAAUCACAGACUCUCGCUUUUGUAAAGCUAAUGAAUGUCAUUUAAAAAUUCCUCUAAGAAUUUUGGUCUCCAUUCUCAGAAUACCAGGCAUUGAGUUUAAAAACCAGAACGGGUAUACUGUGUGUGUUUGCAAUUUCAGAAGACUUAUUUUUUUUUUAAAUCAGUGGUGUUAGGGUUGGAGCUUAACCAGUUGAAAACCUCGGUGGGUUUCAGCGUUUAACAGUAUCAGCAAUGAUGUGCAGGGCCUGUGAGUUUAGCGUGUGGGUUUACCGUAUGAAACGAAGUUGUUUUCAGUCACAGGGCGAAUUUGAGUUUUCUUGGGGGGGGGGGGGAGGGGGUGGAUUUUGAAGGUCACUGUUCAGUCAGACAAUUCGUACGACCAUGUGCAACAUCAUGUGAUGAACAUACUGCAGGUCAACGCUCUGGGUGGAAUUCACCCUGCGUUCGGUUAAUUAACAACAAGCCAACUUUACUUUAAAUGGGUUUUUGCUAAUAUGCAAGAAUUGAAAAGUCUGAUGUGGACGGUGCCUCAUUCUGUCACAGGAGUUGUGUGAGAAAUACAGGUGCUGGAUGCAGAGACUGAACGUGCACAAGUGUGAGCCCCCCGCCCCCCCAGCGAGCAACUGUGGUGACCACCGAAUGGCACUGGACACGUAAAACAAACUUAGCUUUUGGGGACUUCCAAAUAUGGCCUUUCAGGGAGUUUUAAACACAGAGGCCUCAAAUUACUACACCGAGCAGUCAAACCGUCACCCAUUUCCUUGUUUAGAGCCUACAUGUCCCAGCAGCCCCUGCUCAUAGGGUCUUUCAGAUCAAUGUGCAAGCUAUGCUUAAUAAAACAUUUUCAAUA